CCUCGCACGAAAUCCACAAAUCGAAUCCCCUGGUCUCCGUUCCCUUCUCUUUGCUCGGUGUUUUUCCCCCCGAGAUUAGGGUUUCUGGAGGGAUUUCUUGCUGCGCCCCGGGAAAAAAUCGUGCCUUUUUGUUUAUUUUUCUUAAACCCUUCUUCCAUUGAUCGGGGGCCUUCUCAUGCGAGCUUUAUGGUUACAGUAGAUGCUAGAUCAUGCAUACCCUCUAUAUGAUCUCUUUCAGACCACUUGCAGAUGGUGCAGUUUUUUAAGAGAAUGGAUCUUCAGGCCAAUAUCAAUUGUUCUACAGUCGAUCCCAUUUCACAGUCAUUACUAUCAACAGUUAGGAACAUCCGUCAGCCCCUCUUUUACUGAGCUUAUUGCAGAAGAGACUUCUAACUAUUUGUUGCCUCAUAUGGACAUCAUUGAGAUUGAUUCUUCAGAAAGUGAAGAUGAUCUUGAAAUUAGACCUUUUGGAUUACAAGAUAGGUCAUACAAAAAUGGUGCUAGUGGCCAGUGGAGAAAUACUUCCGAGAGGUUCAUUGGUCAGAAUCAUGAUUCUGGCUUGAAACUCCCAUCACAUUCCAUUUCUAAUGGUGGUGAAGGAACAUCAGCCCCACGAUCUUAUAUGAGCAGUGUGGAACCAACAAUCAUAUCUAAUGAAAAUUCAGGACAUAGUAUUAGAAGCAGUGGAAGAGAUGAAGGCCGUCUUGUACCUCAUGGAGGGGCUGGUCGUGUUGAAAGAGAUGAAGCAAGGAUUUUACCUUCCGAAAGGCCUAUUCAUAUUGCAGAACUAGACAUACAUGCAGAACCGAGCCCGAGUACCAACUUUGGUUCAGAUGCAAUAUCUACUGAAUGGGGUAUGGAUGCAAAUUCCUUAUCUCAGCAUUCUCAAAGGAGGAUUCUUCCAUCUUUUUCUCAGCGAACAAAUUUCAAACAUGCAUCAGAACCUAGCAUUGGAUCCCAUAUAGGGCCUGUUCUUUCUUCCCAACAGAAGGAACUUGCACCAGUGGGGCAUUAUAGAAGGUCUGAAGUGAAUUUGAAUGACAUUGCCAAUGAUAGACGGAUCCUCAAUGAGGACCAGACCCAAAAUGGUCCAAGGAGAGUUCUUCCAUCAUCUUUGCAGCCUGCCAUGCAUGGAACUGCAUCAAAAAGUUCUCUAGACUAUGAAGGAGGGAGUCAGAUCCAUAAUUUUCCUGGGACAGAACAUGAUUCUGUAAGAACUAAUGUAUCUGAUGGUAAGGUAGUCGAUACAGCCAGGAAUAAUGAUGAAUUUCAUGCGUAUGGAAUCAAUGGUAAAGGUCGAAUUCUACCUUCGUCAGUUCUAAAUGGUAAAUCUAUUUCCAACUCUCAGCCAAAAUCUUUGACAGAGGCCAGAGACAUUAGUAAUUUUCAGGCAAAAUCAUCUUUCUCUUUGGGAGCGAAUAUUGCUGAUGGUGCACAAAAGUUUCCAUCAUUCUCAAUUGGACAUGAGAAAUCUGGUACCAGUACUGCAAAAGCUACAAAUGAGAGAUGGGGCAAAGGUGAUUUUCACAUGGAAUCUUCUAGCUCUGUCGGAGCUAGUUCAGCUGCUGGUGUGCAGAGAGUUCUACCAAUGGCAUUCAUGAAAGAAAAAAAUUUCAAUAAUACCACUCUGAAAACUUCAACGGAGUACAGAGACGAUGGUCAUACAUUUGGUAAUGCUGGUAACGUUAGGGUCCUACCUUCAUCAUUGAUGCAUGGAAAGUCUAUUAACAGUUUUCAGUCAGGUGGUGUUAGUGAUGCACAAAAUCACUUAAGCAUAGGAGAAGAUAGGAGAAUCGAGCAUGAUGAGAGGGUAAUAUAUCAAGAAGCAUUGCAGAAUCUUGGUCAGCCAAAAUUAGAAGAUGAUCUGCCUGAGGGGCUUUUGGCUGUUUCCCUUUUAAAGCACCAGAAAAUAGCCUUAGCUUGGAUGAUUCAGAAAGAGAAAAGUGUGCUGUGUGCAGGUGGAAUUCUUGCAGAUGAUCAGGGCCUUGGUAAGACAGUGUCGAUGAUAGCUCUAAUACAAAAGCAGAUGACUCAGCAAUCUGAGUUCACAUCUGGUGAUUCAAGCCACAUAAAAUCUGUAGCCUUAAACUUAGAUGAGGAUGAUGAUGGAGUCACUGAAGUGGAUAAGGCAAAGCAGAUUGCAACGGAUGAAUUAAAACAGGAACCUGUGGCCAGUACAUCAAUGCGUGCAUCUCACAAGUCAAGGCCAGCAGCAGGUACUUUGGUGGUCUGCCCUGCAAGUGUUCUGAGGCAGUGGGCUCGGGAGCUGGAUGAGAAAGUGACAAACAGUGCUAAGCUAUCUGUUUUAGUCUAUCAUGGAGGUGCACGGACGAAAAAUCCUAGUGAUUUGGCGAAAUAUGAUGUUGUUCUAACGACAUAUUCUAUUGUAACUAAUGAAGUGCCAAAGCAGUCUACAGCAGAUGAUGAUGAUGGAGAACAAAGAAACCUUGAUAGAUGUGGAUUAAUGUCAGAGUUUUCUUCUAACAAGAAAAGGAAGCAGACAUCAAACAGACAGAACAAGGUGAAGAAAAAAGGGAAAGGACUCAAGGAUUCCCACUUUGACUUGGGCAGUGGCCCACUUGCUAGAGUUCGAUGGUUUAGGGUUGUACUAGAUGAAGCUCAAACAAUAAAGAAUCACAGAACCCAAGUGGCUAGAGCCUGCUGUGGUCUUCGAGCCAAAAGAAGGUGGUGUUUAUCGGGAACACCUAUGCAGAAUGCAAUUGAUGAUCUUUACAGCUACUUUCGGUUCCUCAAAUAUGAUCCAUAUGCUGUCUAUAGUUCCUUCUGUGCCUCAAUAAAAUACCCCAUAUCCAGAAAUGCUAGCCAGGGGUAUAAAAAACUUCAAGCAGUCUUGAGGACUGUGCUGCUCCGUCGCACAAAAGGCACACUGAUAGAGGGAGAGCCAAUUCUUAAAUUGCCUCCAAAAUCAAUAUCAAUGAAAAGAGUAGAGUUCUCUACAGAGGAACGAGCUUUUUAUUUGAGGCUGGAAUCAGAUUCACGCCAACAGUUCAAGGAAUAUGCUGCUGCUGGGACUGUGAAACAAAACUAUGCAAAUAUUUUGUUGAUGCUUUUGCGUCUACGGCAGGCCUGUGACCAUCCACUCCUUGUUAAAGGAUAUCACUCAGAUACUGUUGGAAAAGACUCCUUAGAUAUGGCUAGGCAACUUCCUAGGGAGAUGCUGAUCAAUUUACUGAAUCAGUUGGAAGGUUCAUUGGCAAUUUGUGGCAUAUGUAGUGACCCACCUGAGGAUCCCGUCGUGACAAUGUGUGGUCAUGUUUUCUGCUAUCAGUGUGUAUCUGAUCGUUUGACUGGAGAUGAUAAUUUGUGUCCUGCAGCUGGUUGCAGAGACAUACUUGGCACUGAUUCAGUUUUCUCACGAGCUACACUGAGAAGUUGUAUUUCUGAUGAAUUUGAAAAUGGUACUUCAUCGCGUUCUUCUGCAAAUGAUGAGGAGUCUUCAAUCACCCAAAGUAGUUACAUCUCUUCGAAAAUUAGGGCAGCUCUUGAUAUCCUGAAUUCAGUUUGCAAGCCAAAAGUUGGUCUGGAACUGUGCAGUGAAAAUGGUUGCUAUCUAGCUGGAACUGACAAUCUCAUUACAGAUGGUUUUGGCUCCGGCACAAAUGUUGUAACUCACACAUCCACACAGUUGAACUCAAACCCAGAGAUUCCAGUCAAGGCUAUCAUUUUCUCCCAGUGGACAAGCAUGCUGGACUUACUAGAAUUUUCAUUGAAUCAGUCUCUUAUGCAAUAUAGGAGGCUAGAUGGGACAAUGUCUCUCAAUUCAAGAGACAGAGCUGUGAAAGAUUUCAACACUGACCCAGAGGUGAGGGUUAUGCUCAUGUCACUGAAAGCCGGAAAUCUUGGCUUGAACAUGGUUGCAGCUUGCCAUGUUAUUCUUCUAGAUCUUUGGUGGAAUCCAACCACUGAAGAUCAAGCUGUCGAUCGAGCACACAGAAUUGGGCAAACUCGUCCCGUGACUGUUUCUCGAUUAACAAUCAAGGAUACAGUUGAAGACCGCAUUUUAGCUCUUCAGGAAGAGAAGAGAAAGAUGGUUUCAUCUGCUUUUGGAGAAGACCAAACUGGUGGUCAUGCUACUCGUCUUACGGUGGAAGAUCUCAGAUACCUAUUUAUGGGUUGAGUGCCAGCCUUGAGGCCGAUGAGUUUUGAAAGUGGCUCAUUAUAAUCUGUUCAAUUCUUUUUGCAUCUAAGUCUGGGGUUUAUGGUCAUAUUGGUUCUAUUGUCCCUGGUAAUUGAAACCUAGAGGUUUUGAGGUGUGCUUCAUGCGAACCAUUUAACCCAGUCGGCUUAGAUUUAGAUUAUACCUUGCUAACUUACGUAAAUAUUUUACUUCAUUGGAACUGGUCAUAUGACUGUAAGUGAUUGUAAAUAUAUAUUUUGGUACUGGCCCUGGAAUAGAAUGUGGAGCAUUUAUCCAAGCUUAUUGGCGCUCUC